AUGAACCGCUUGCGCCUCCCAAGCCGCCUCAAGAUUGCUCGACCAUCUUUAAAGAGCCACCCCUCGAAACUUGCUCUACGAACGAAGAAGGUUCCGCCUGGCUUUCCUUCCUACAUUGGUGUCAUCACCCGACACCACAUACCCAAGCUCUUGUCAGACGGCACCUCGGUUUGGUUUCCGUAUCCAGGCCGGUCACCAAGAGGACACACGCUCCGAGCUGUGUUGAACAUUCCUCGAGAGCUAAACCCGACAAUCACGACGAUAAACAAGGCCGUCGCCCCGGAAAAGAACCAGGGCAACGCCCAGACGAUGACUUCCUACACCCAGGUGGUCACCACCCCCACGGCUGACACGCCGGGGGCGUGUGUGCUGCUGCAUUUCGACCGGCGCCGUUAUCUCUUUGGGCGCAUGGCCGAGGGAACACAGAGGGCGAUGGUGCAGAGGAAGGUUGCGAUGGCGAAGAUCCAUAAUAUCUUUGUCACGGGCACGGUCGACUGGAGCACGACGGGAGGGUUGCCGGGCUUGAUGUUGACUCUGGCCGACGUUGUGGCAGGAGCAAAGGCUGCUCGUGCCGACGAGCUUGCCGUGCGGGAAGCGAAGGGGUUGAAGUCGAAGGACAGGGAUAUCGACGACGACCUUCAUAUCUACGGAGGUAGGAACUUGGUACAUUCUCUGGCUACUACCCGACGGUUUAUCUUCCGCAAGGGCAUUCCCCUUAGUCUGAACGAGAUCCGAACCGAUUCGCCGUCUCAGAGGAACGACCGUGCCAUCCCCGACUUUGAGGAUGAUCUCGUCCGUAUCUGGCACCUACCAAUAACCUCGAAUUCAAGCGCCAGUCGUCCAGGGUCUAGAAAACGCAAACACAGCGACUUGGAGGAGGGGGAGGAAGAGGCCGAAACGGCAGUUACAGAGCAGGCUGAGCUUUCGGAUGCGGAGGCUCAGCACAUCAGACAGGCUGCCGUUGCGGGCAUGUUUUCUUCGACGUGGAGUCUUGAUACCCUGCACGAGGUGAACCUGCGCGAUGCCGACCCAUUGGCCAAGAUCUUUUUCCGUUCCGAAGGCGGUAUGAUCGAGGAGUACAAGGGGCCUCGUCCUGGCAACACUGAAAAGUUGCCAGAUAUUAGGGUCUUGAUCCGUUCGCCAUGGCCGGCGGCCAAGAUUGAGACGCUCCCCAUUACGAAGCCGUCCAACGAGUCGCUGUGUUAUAUCGCCAAGUGCCACCCACGACGUGGCAAGUUCAAGCCCGAGGAAGCUAAUAAGCUUGGUGUUUCAAAGUUUGACUUCAAAAAGUUGAUCGAUGGAGAAACUAUCACGCUCGAGAAUGGCACAGUGGUGACUCCUGACAUGGUCAUGGAGCCUACUGUCGCGGGGCGAGGCCUUGCCGUGAUCGACAUACCAGCCGAAGACAUGGUGAACAGCUUCCUCGCUCGUCCAGAGUGGUCGGAUUCGGCGCUUAUGAGCGGGAUUGACGUGAUGUAUUGGAUCUCGUCGGAGCAGUUCAGCGCUUACCGUGAUGAGAGGCUCGUUGAGUUCAUGAAGAAGUUUCUUCGGUACAGCACGUUCUGCUCGGCCAGGAUCCGGCCGCUUGCCCCUGUGGGUGCGGGCGAUGUUGGCGCGGCUGGCGCCAGAAUCAACUUGCAUCCCAAGCCAGGGCCUUCUUCAGAGUUUUUGGUUUCCCCUAUCGACCCAAUAGGCACCCUCAAGGCAUUGGUUGGACAGCACCGCGAGGUGGUAGAGAUGGCAAGAGAGGCGAGCAAGAAGAUUGCCGACCCGGCCUUCCUUGUCGAAGUUGAGGAAUCCCAGAAGGAUAUCCCCAACCGUGACACAGAGAUCAUCCCGCUGGGUACCGGCUCUGCCUUGCCGUCCAAGUACCGCAACGUCUCCGCCACGCUCAUCCGUGUCCCCGGCCACGGCAGCUACCUGUUCGACUGCGGAGAGAACACACUUGGCCAACUCCGCCGUUUGUAUGGUAACGAAGACACAGACGAGGUCCUCAAAGACCUCCGCGCCAUUUACAUCAGCCACCUCCACGCCGACCACCACUUUGGCACCGCCAGCAUGAUGGCCCGCUGGAACAAGGUGACCGCCGGAACCGACGCUUUACUCGGUGUCAUCGCCACCGGAGGGUUCCACUCCUGGAUGCUCGAGUACGACGGCGUCGAGCCUCUGGGUCUGGACCGCGUAGUCGGCAUCGUUCCCUACCGUGGGGGGCAGCCCAACGCCGAUUUGGGCUGGAAAUUUCCGCCCACCUUGAACCAGUCGGAGUGCAAUACCAUGCAGGAACGUUUCCCAAAGGUGGAGAUCUGUUGGGUAGACCACUGCCAAAAUGCCACCGCCAUCGUCAUGACCUUUGCCCCCUCUGGCCUGAAGAUCGCCUACUCUGGAGACUGCCGCCCGUCUAAGAAAUUCGCGGAGCUAGGAAAGGGCGCGCAUUUGCUGCUGCACGAGUGCACCUUUGAAGACGGGCUCAAAGGGGAUGCCGUGGCGAAGAAACACUCCACCAUCAGCGAGGCGCUCGCGGUGGGGAGGGAUAUGGGCGCGAGAAGGAUCUUGCUCACGCAUUUUAGCCAGCGGUACCCGAAGCUGCCUGCUCCUGAGGGGGAGGGGGAGAAGGUGGAGUUGGGGAAGGACACGGCGGUGCUGUACGCGUUUGAUCAUAUGAGGGUGAAGCUGGGGGAGUUUAAGCAGGCGGAGGAGUUUAUUCCUGCGAUUAAGAAGUUGUUGGAGGAGGAGAUGAAGGAGAAGGAGGGGGAGGAUGGGGAAGAAGGGGAGGAGGGUGGGGAGGAGGCGGCAAAGAAGGCUGAGAAAAAGAAGGAGCAGGAGAGGAAGAAGGCGGAGAAGCAGAAGAAGAAGCUGGAGCAUGCCAAGGCUGCGAUGGAGCAGAAGAAGGGGAAGGGGAAGAAUAGGGGGAAGGUGGCGGAGAUGGUGAAGGAGGGUGAGGGUGGUGAGAAGCCAGAAGGUACAGAGAAGCCUGAGGAGAAACCCGAGGAGGUGACCAGCUCUGAGGGCGACGCAAAGUCAGAGGAAGUCAAAACUCAAGAGGGUGUCGAAAAGCUUGAAGUGAAAGAGUCAGAGGAUGUCGUCAUGACAUAG